AUGGCUGGAUCAUUCGUCCUGAACACAGGCGCAGGGAUCCCAUCGGUUGGCCUUGGGACAUGGCAGAUAAAACCUGAGGUUGUCGGCGACACCAUCUACGCCGCUGUCAAGGCUGGAUAUCGGCAUAUUGAUUGUGCUCCAGCAUACAGCAAUGAGAAAGAGGUCGGCUUGGCUUUGAAGAAAUUAUUUGAGGAUGGUGUGGUUAAGCGUGAAGAAUUGUUUAUCACCUCUAAGCUAUGGUCCGGUAAUCAUGCACCGGAAGAUGUGCCAGAGGCAAUUGACACUACUCUGAAAGAUUUGCAGCUUGACUACCUAGAUUUGUUCCUCAUCCAUGGUCCAAUCCGUAUCAAGAAAGGAACCACGCACAGCCCUGAAAAUUUGAUCCCAACUGACAUCCCUGCUACAUGGGGAGCGAUGGAGAAGCUAUACGAUUCUGGCAAAGCUCGAGCAAUCGGUGUGAGUAACUUUACUUGCAAGAAGAUGGAGGACUUGCUCGCCUUUGCACGCGUGCCUCCAGCAGUCAACCAGGUUGAGUGCCACCUGAUCUGGCAGCAAGACAAGCUCCGUGAACUAUGCCAGUCAAGGGGUGUUCAUCUUUCUGCACAUUCACCAUUAGGUGAGGCUAGUGUCCUUAGCAACACUAUUGUCGUGGCUGUUGCCGAGAAGCUGCAGAAAACGCCUGCGCAGGUCGCGUUACGCUGGGGUCUUCAGAUGGGUCAGAGUGUACUACCAAGAAGCGGCAACGAAGGAAGGAUCAAGGAGAACUUUGACAUAUUUGAUUGGUCCAUUCCUGAAGAUCUGAUGGCAAAAUUCUCCGACAUCAAACAGGUAAGGUUGGUGAAGGCGGAGUUUGCAGUUCACCCUCUGAGCGGUUACAAAACAUUGGAGGACUUUUGGGAUGGUGAAAUCUGA